AUGCAAAAGAUCCAGCGAUGUGAUAACCAUAGCAACACAUCCCGCCCGCAGAGUCUCCGUCUUCGAUAUCGGCGGCCUUCUCGAUCCCAAGCGCUCCACCAGCCUCGACACUCCAUCUCCACACUUAGGUGGAAACCUCCGGGGGUGACAACCACCGCAGACCUCACCCGACAUGCCAACCACCCCAGAACCCUGUCCUCCCAGGACCCAAAAACCGCUACGCAAAGUAAUCCCCAACACCCACUACCAUCUAACACCCACCACCAUCUCUCGACCCGGAACCUCCCUCGCCCAGGCGUACUAUUACUCCCGGGCCGAACUUCCACAUCCACCGCUCGCCGCCGUAGCUCAAAUGUCCGAAGCGAUGAAACGGAUCCCCGGUGCCGUCCUACUGGUCUCAGCCUGAGGAGCCUUCCGCUGGAGCUAUUUUGGAAGAUGCACAUGUGGAGGUGCAUGAUGUGGAGUUUUAAGAUGAAGGGUUACUUAAUGGUUCUUUUUCAUCCGCCCUCCGCUUCCCCCAUGUAUGAGGCUCAAGAUGCGACCUUCCAAUACGCUAUACUGGCUGUCCGCAAGCUUGGCCUCCAAAUUAUCUGGCUCAACCGGGGUCUUACCGAGGAUUAUCUCGCCAACAUACCUCCGGCCGAAGUUCGCGUGUCUGCCUUCAAUACUAACACGGAAAAGGUCGACUAUGGCCUUGGAGACUGA